AUGCCUUGUUGUUUUUCUUUCAUUCUCUCUUUCUUUCUUUCUUUCUUUCUUUCUUUCUUUCUUUCUUUCUUUAUUUGUUUGUUUUUUGGGCUGUUGUUACCUUUUCUUUCUUUCUUUCUUUCUUUCUUUCUUUCUUUCUUUCUUUCUUUCUCUUUCAUUCUUUGUCUCGCCAUUCUUCUAUCAUGCCUUGAUUCUAUAAUUUUCUAUUAUUUUUUUCAUUCUUUCUUUUCUCUAUCUCUCUCUCUCUCUCUCUCUCCCUUUCUUUUUAUACCUGGUCAUUUACAACCUUCGCUUUUUAAAGACAUGAAUAAUUCGAUGAUUUGCCGUCUGUGGCCGAAACGACACAUGACCUUUUCCAGAAUCAUUCGCCGUUGUUUCUUCGUUAAAAAGCCUUUUUUCAUGCCUCAUAUGCUCAAAAAAAAACCCUUGCAAAUAUUCUGCUUUUAUAUAAAUACUGGUUAUCUAUCUAUCUAUCUGUCUAUCUAUCUAAGGAUAAUGUCUGAAAUCUUUCUCUCUCUCUCUCUCUCGCUCUCUCUCUCUCUAUCUAUCUAUAUAUCUAUCUAUCAUGGUGGUUAUGCCUGUCUGUUUUUCUCUGUUCAUAUCUAUCUAUCUAUCUAUCUAUCUAUCUAUCUAUCUAUCUAUCUAUCUAUUUGUCCAAACCUGUCUGUUUAUGUCCAUAUCUAUCUAUCUAUCUAUCUAUCUAUCUAUCUAUCUAUUUGUCCAAACCUGUCUGUUUAUCUAUCUAUCUAUCUAUCUAUCUAUCUAUCUAUCUAUCUAUCUAUCUAUCUAUCUAUCUAUUUGUCCAAACCUGUCUGUUUAUGUCCAUAUCUAUCUAUCUAUCUAUCUAUUUGUCCAAACCUAAUUGAUAAAAAUCUUCUUCUUCUUCUUCCCAUUAUUAUUAUUAUUAUUAUUAUUAUUGUCGCUUCUUUUUCUCCCUCCUCCUUCUCUUCCUCUUCUUCUUCUUCUUCUUCUUCUUCUUCUUCUUCUUCUUCUUCUUCUUCUUCUUCUUCUUCAUUCCCAUUAUUAUUAUUAUUACUAUUAUUAAUGUUGUCCCUUCUUUUUCUCCCUCCUCCUUUUCUUCUUCUUUCUUUCUUUCUUUCUUUCUUUCUUUCUUUCUUUCUUCCUUUCCUUUUCUCCAAUCAACAUACCAUAAUUAGUCCUCCUUACGUAGUUUCAUCUUUGUCAUGGCUGUUUUCUUUUUAG